AUGUCCACUAUCGAAAACCUCAAGACCUUCGACCCCUUCGCCGAGGCCGACGAAGACACAGGCGAGACCAAGCAGUCUCAGAAUUACAUACACAUUCGCAUCCAACAGCGCAAUGGCCGUAAGACCUUGACCACGGUUCAGGGCUUGCCCAAGAAGUUCGACCAGAAGAAGAUUCUCAAGGUCAUCAAGAAGAAGUUCGCCUGCAAUGGCACCAUCGUCAACGACUCGGAGAUGGGCGAGGUGAUCCAGCUCCAGGGCGACCAGCGCAAGGAUGUCCAGGAGUUCCUUACCGACAAGAAGGAAGGCCUCGAGCUCGAUGCCAAGACCAUCAAGGUCCACGGUUUCUAA